CCGCAGCCGCAGCCGCCGCCGCGGGGCGAGGUCGCCGCCAUGGCCCGCUGGAUCCCGACCAAGAGGCAGAAGUACGGGGUUGCGAUCUAUAACUACAAUGCCUCUCAAGAUGUGGAGCUCUCCUUGCAGAUUGGAGACACGGUUCACAUCCUGGAGAUGUAUGAGGGUUGGUACAGAGGAUAUACCCUGCAAAAUAAAUCUAAAAAGGGGAUUUUCCCUGAAACGUACAUCCAUUUGAAAGAGGCAACCGUGGAAGACCGAGGGCAGCAUGAGACCGUGAUUCCCGGGGAGCUCCCGCUGGUGCAAGAGCUCACGUCGACGCUGCGAGAAUGGGCUGUCAUCUGGCGCAAGCUCUAUGUGAACAACAAGGUCACACUCUUUCGCCAGCUACAGCAGAUGACGUAUUGCCUGAUUGAGUGGCGGUCCCAGAUCCUGUCUGGAACCCUCCCCAAGGAUGAACUGGCAGAGCUCAAGAAAAAGGUCACAGCCAAAAUCGAUCAUGGAAACAGAAUGCUUGGAUUAGAUCUGGUAGUGAGAGAUGACAACGGGAACAUCUUGGACCCAGAUGAAACCAGCACCAUUGCCCUCUUCAAGGCCCAUGAAGUGGCCUCAAAAAGGAUUGAGGAAAAGAUCCAAGAAGAAAAGUCAGUUCUUCAGAACCUGGACUUGCGGGGCCAGUCUGUCUUCAGUGCCGUCCACACCUACGGCCUCUAUGUGAACUUCAAGAACUUUGUCUGCAACAUUGGGGAAGACGCCGAGUUGUUCAUGGCCCUCUAUGACCCGGACCAGUCCACCUUCAUCAGUGAGAAUUACCUGAUUCGUUGGGGCAGUAAUGGGAUGCCCAAGGAAAUAGAGAAGCUUAAUAACCUUCAAGCGGUUUUUACUGACCUCAGUAGCACAGACCUCAUCCGGCCCCGCAUCAGCCUCGUGUGCCAGAUUGUCCGGGUGGGCCACAUGGAGCUGAAGGAGGGCAAAAAGCACACCUGUGGGCUCCGAAGACCUUUUGGAGUAGCAGUGAUGGAUAUUACUGAUAUCAUACAUGGGAAGGUGGAUGACGAAGAAAAGCAGCAUUUUAUUCCCUUUCAACAAAUCGCAAUGGAAACCUACAUCCGGCAGAGACAGCUAAUCAUGUCGCCCCUGAUAACAUCCCAUGUGACUGGGGAGAAUGAGCCGCUCACUUCAGUCCUGAAUAAAGUGAUAGCAGCGAAGGAAGUGAAUCACAAAGGACAAGGACUUUGGGUAUCUUUGAAGCUUUUGCCAGGUGACCUCACACAGGUUCAGAAGAAUUUUUCACACUUGGUGGAUAGAUCGACUGCAAUUGCCCGAAAAAUGGGCUUUCCUGAAAUAAUACUUCCAGGCGACGUGAGGAAUGAUAUUUAUGUCACCCUGAUCCACGGGGAGUUUGACAAAGGGAAAAAGAAGACACCAAAGAACGUGGAGGUGACCAUGUCUGUGUACGACGAGGAGGGCAAGCUCUUGGAGAAAGCAAUUCAUCCUGGCGCUGGAUAUGAAGGCAUUUCAGAGUACAAAUCAGUAGUCUAUUACCAAGUCAAGCAGCCCUGUUGGUAUGAGACUGUCAAGGUGUCCAUCGCUAUAGAAGAGGUUACUCGCUGCCAUAUAAGAUUUACCUUCCGACACAGGUCAUCUCAGGAAUCCAGAGAUAAAUCUGAGCGAGCCUUUGGCGUGGCCUUCGUGAAACUGAUGAACCCGGAUGGCACCACUCUGCAGGACGGGAGGCAUGAUCUGGUGGUUUAUAAGGGUGACAACAAGAAAAUGGAAGAUGCUAAAUUCUAUCUGACCCUUCCGGGAACCAAGAUAGAGAUGGAAGAAAAAGAGGUCCAAGCGUCCAAAACCCUGGCCAACUUUACUGCAAGCAAGGACAGCACCAAAGACAGCUUUCAGAUCGCCACCCUUAUUUGCUCCACAAAACUCACCCAGAAUGUUGACCUAUUGGGCUUGUUAAAUUGGCGUUCAAACUCCCAGAACAUUAAACACAACUUAAAGAAGUUAAUGGAGGUGGAUGGAGGCGAGAUUGUUAAGUUUUUGCAAGAUACACUAGAUGCACUUUUUAACAUAAUGAUGGAAAUGUCAGACAAUGAAACCUAUGACUUCCUUGUGUUUGAUGCACUGGUAUUUAUUAUCUCACUGAUAGGAGACAUCAAGUUCCAGCAUUUUAAUCCUGUCCUUGAAACCUACAUCUACAAGCACUUCAGUGCCACUCUGGCAUAUGUGAAACUCUCCAAGGUACUGAACUUUUAUGUGGCCAAUGCAGAUGACUCCAGCAAGACAGAAUUGCUUUUCGCUGCUUUGAAAGCCCUGAAGUACUUAUUUAGAUUCAUCAUCCAAUCCAGAGUGCUCUACUUGAGAUUUUAUGGCCAAAGCGAAGAUGGAGAUGAAUUUAAUAAUUCAAUCCGCCAGUUAUUUCUCGCUUUCAAUAUGCUCAUGGACAGACCCCUGGAGGAAGCUGUCAAGAUCAAGGGGGCAGCUCUGAAAUACCUUCCUAGCAUCAUCAACGACGUCAAACUUGUGUUUGAUCCCGUGGAGCUCAGCGUGCUCUUCUGCAAGUUCAUUCAAAGCAUCCCUGACAACCAGUUAGUUCGCCAGAAACUGAACUGCAUGACCAAGAUAGUGGAGAGCAAUCUUUUCCGGCAGUCGGAGUGCAGAGACGUGCUGCUGCCUCUGCUGACAGACCAGCUCAGCGGCCAGCUAGAUGACAACUCCAGCAAGCCCGACCAUGAGGCCAGCUCGCAGCUUCUGAGCAACAUCCUGGAAGUGCUGGACAGGAAGGAUGUGGGCCCCACGGCGAUGCACAUCCAGCUGAUAAUGGAACGGCUGCUGAGAAGGAUCAACCGCACCGUGAUCGGGAUGAGCCGACAGUCUCCCCAUAUUGGGAGCUUUGUCGCGUGUAUGAUUGCAAUCCUGCGGCAAAUGGACGACAGCCACUACAGCCACUAUAUCAGCACUUUCAAAACCAGGCAAGACAUCAUUGACUUCCUCAUGGAGACUUUCAUCAUGUUUAAGGAUCUGAUUGGAAAGAAUGUCUACGCCAAAGACUGGAUGGUCAUGAAUAUGACACAGAGCAGAGUUUUCCUCCGUGCGAUAAAUCAGUUUACGGAGGUUCUCACAAGGCUCUUCAUGGAUCAGACAAGCUUUGAACUUCAGCUCUGGAACAAUUACUUCCAUUUGGCCGUAGCAUUUCUCACCCACGAGUCCCUGCAGCUUGAAACCUUCUCUCAAGCCAAGCGCAACAAAAUUGUCAAAAAAUCUUUUCUUGUUUAUGAUCUUCUUCCUAGAUACGGGGACAUGAGAAAGGAAAUCGGCUUCAGAAUCCGGGACAUGUGGUAUAACCUGGGUCCCCACAAAAUCAAAUUUAUCCCCUCCAUGGUGGGUCCCAUUCUGGAGGUCACCCUGACCCCUGAGGUCGAGCUCCGGAAAGCCACCAUCCCCAUUUUCUUUGACAUGAUGCAGUGUGAGUUCAACUUCAGUGGGAACGGCAAUUUCCAUAUGUUUGAGAACGAGUUAAUCACGAAGCUGGACCAAGAGGUAGAAGGGGGCAGAGGAGAUGAACAGUACAAGGUCCUUCUGGAAAAACUGCUCCUAGAACAUUGCCGGAAACAUAAAUACCUCUCUGCCUCUGGAGAAGUUUUCGCAUUCCUGGUCAGCAGCCUGUUAGAGCACCUGUUGGACUACAGAACCAUUAUCAUGCAUGACGAGAGCAAGGAGAACCGCAUGAGCUGUACUGUGAACGUGCUGAAUUUUUAUAAAGAAAAGAAGAGAGAGGACAUAUAUAUAAGGUACUUGUACAAGCUGCGGGAUUUGCACCGAGACUCUGAAAACUACACGGAAGCGGCCUACACCCUCCUUCUCCAUGCUGAGCUACUGCAGUGGUCUGAUAAGCCCUGUGUACCCCAUUUGCUUCAGAGGGACAGUUACUAUGUCUACACCCAGCAGGAGCUUAAAGAGAAGCUGUAUCAAGAAAUCAUAUCGUACUUUGACAAAGGCAAAAUGUGGGAGAAGGCCAUCAAACUGAGCAAAGAGUUGGCUGAGACCUAUGAGAGCAAAGUAUUUGACUACGAGGGCCUCGGCAACCUACUGAAAAAAAGAGCCUCGUUUUAUGAGAACAUCAUUAAAGCAAUGAGGCCUCAGCCUGAAUACUUUGCUGUUGGAUACUACGGACAGGGCUUUCCUUCUUUCCUCCGGAACAGAAUCUUCAUCUACCGGGGGAAGGAAUAUGAGAGGCGAGAAGACUUCAGCCUGAGGUUGCUGACCCAGUUCCCGAAUGCUGAGAAGAUGACCAGCACCACGCCCCCGGGAGAGGACAUCAAGUCGUCCCCAAAGCAGUACAUGCAGUGUUUCACCGUAAAGCCAGUGAUGAGCCUCCCGCCCAGCUACAAGGACAAACCAGUUCCAGAACAGAUCUUAAACUACUACAGAGCCAAUGAAGUGCAGCAGUUCAGAUAUUCCAGGCCAUUCCGGAAAGGAGAGAAAGAUCCAGACAAUGAAUUUGCUACCAUGUGGAUUGAAAGGACCACGUAUACAACUGCAUACACCUUUCCUGGGAUUCUCAAGUGGUUUGAAGUCAAACAAAUUUCAACGGAGGAAAUCAGUCCCCUGGAGAAUGCCAUAGAAACCAUGGAACUCACCAAUGAGAAGAUCAGCAACUGUGUUCAGCAGCAUGCCUGGGACCGAACCCUGUCUGUGCACCCUCUCUCCAUGCUGCUCAGCGGCAUCGUAGACCCAGCUGUCAUGGGGGGCUACUCCAACUAUGAAAAGGCUUUUUUUACAGAAAAGUAUUUGCAGGAGCAUCCCGAAGACCAGGAGAAGAUUGAGCUGCUGAAGCGACUGAUAGCAUUACAGAUGCCUCUGCUGACAGAGGGGAUCCGCAUCCACGGCGAGAAGCUGACAGAGCAGCUAAAGCCGCUACAUGACCGGUUGUCUUCUUGUUUCCGGGAACUGAAGGACAAAGUGGAAAAGCUCUAUGGGGUUAUAACGCUGCCACCGACCUUGACUGAGAGGAAGCAAAGCCGCACGGGCUCUAUUGUACUUCCCUACAUCAUGUCAUCCACGCUGCGGAGACUGUCCAUCACCUCAGUGACUUCCUCAGUGAUUUCCACCUCUUCUAACUCAUCUGAUAAUGCUCCUUCCAGACCGGGAUCUGAUGGGUCAAUCCUGGAGCCACUUUUGGAGCGCAGGGCUUCCUCAGGCGCCAGGGUUGAAGAUCUGCCCCUCAAAGAGGACAAUGAGAACCGGAUCAGCAAGUUCAAGAGAAAAGACUGGAGCCUCAGCAAAUCCCAGGUCAUUGCAGAGAAAGCGCCAGAACCUGAUCUGAUGAGCCCAGCCCGAAAAGCACAAAGACCAAAGAGUCUCCAGUUGUCGGACAAUCGGCUGACGCCAUUUCACGGUUCUUCACCUCCUCAGUCAACGCCCUUGAGCCCACCUCCACUCACUCCUAAAGCUACCAGGACCCUAAGCUCCCCAUCUUUGCAGACAGAUGGGCUGAUGACUACUACUGUCCCGCCUCCCCCUCCCCCCAAAAGCAAGCCCUAUGAGAGCAGCCAGAGGAACUCCGCGGAGAUUGCCCCUCCACUGCCAGUCCGAAGAGAGGCCAAAGCCCCACCCCCACCACCUCCCAAAGCUCGGAAAUCUGGCUUGCUUUCUUCUGAGCCUGGAUCCCAAUAAGGAUCUUGCCCUCUCUCUGGAACUCUGAACACCUUGAACAGCUGAUGCCUGAGAGGAGGCCCUGUCCUCGUUCCCCAGGGCCCCUUGCUGACCGCCCUUCCUGAUCUGGGUCAGCUUUACCGGCUCAAAACUGGUGGUUCUUUGAAAGGCUUCUCCGAAGGAGGACUAAAGCCACAUCUCCUCCAGUCCACUUGAAUUCCAGAAUUGGUGUGUCCUCUGUGUUUCUCAAAGGAGAUAUUUCCCUCACCGUUAUCAAAUUCAGCCUCCAGCGCAGAGCCACUGCAGCCUACAGAAGCCUGGCUAAGUUCUUCUGUGGUGGUCGCGGAGCAACCCCAGGAACCUACACUUUGGAAGGAUUUCUUGCUUUGCUUGUGAAAAGCUAUGCUUGAGACUUGGUUUUCUCACAUGGACACACUGUGCCUGGAAUAACAUUGGAAGAGAUUUGCAUCAAGUACUUUGGUAGCCGAAAUAAUCCUAUCUUUCUGAUGCCUGCUUGUGUCUCCUUUAAGGAAAAGAACAUCUUUGUAAGGAAGAUUGGCUACUUUCAAAUAUGAAUAGCCAUCAUUGUCGAAAAACCAUGGACUUGAUUGUGAGGUCUGAGCUCCCGUCUCCCCCACACCAGCUACUAUGUGUGGCGUGGGAACGCUGCCCGCCCCCUCCCGGGAGUCGUCACACUCGUAACUAACUGGCCCUCACCACACCGUGUCACUCCUUCCUGCUACAGCCUCCCUUGAAGCUCUUUCUUUUGCACAGUUUCUUGCCCUGUUACCUCCUCUGAGCUCAAAUCACUGGACAGAAGGGACUUCAAAGCCCAGGUUCAACAGCUUCUCUUCCAGAUCCCAUUUGGAUGGCUCAGCAGCCCCUCUCUGCCACCUGAUUUUUCCCUGGGGAAUACAGUGCAAUAUCUCCCGUUGAUUAUUUAUUCCUCGUGAUUGUGGAAUUAAUUUGAUUACAUGUUUAUGGUACUAAGUCAGUAGUCCUUUCGAAAGAAGAAAUGGGAUGAUACAGAUGAUCAGAUAUUACAUACACUCACACAAACCACACAAGGUUAGAGACGUUUUGAGCUAGAAGGGCUUAAAGGUCAUAUAAACAACCCCCUCGUUUUGUAGACAAGGAAAUUGAAGCUAAGCACAGAAAAUCUGACUACAGAUUCUUACUAACAGCCCAGCUUGCUAAUUGAGGCUCUGUCCCCAGAUAACACUUAGAUCAAGAAGAUAACCCUGACAGACUCCAUGAUGAAUGCCUACCCCUAGUUGGAACAACAGUGGAAAUGUCCCAGAUAUUUCUAUCCUACUUUGACAUUAAUGGCAAGUAGAAAGCUUUGUGUGGAUCCCCUAGGUCAAUGGGGGAAGCUCAUGAGGGUCCCUUCCAUAACUGGGCCCCAGCCAGUCCCCUUCCCCGCCUACCCGGUCCCAAAGUAGAGAGAGGAAAGAGAGAUUUCACCUCCGAGAAUUCGGAGGAUUCUUGCCUGCAAGGAUUCGCUUGCCUGCUUCUUUGUGCACCUGUUUCAGCACCACCCCUCUUAGAAGAGACAUACUAAUGCUUCACGGAGUCAGGGAAAUACAAACCUGAGACGUGGCCAGCAUUCCUCAAGCAAUUAGUGUGCGUAUUUAAAAGUGGUGAGGAAAAGGCGAUUCUCCACCUCCACUCAGGGGAACCUUCAAAGGGGUACAAGACAGAGAAGCUGGAUUUUGGAAGUAAACCAUCGGUCUCCAACCAUCCCAGCUGUGUCAUCUGUUAAUUUUACAAACUCCCUCAAUCCUUUGCAAUCCUCCGAACCCUCAUUUCUUCCCCUUCUAAAACAGGGGAAAGGACAUGCCACACAGAUGAGGUUCAAAUGAGAUCGACUGUGUGGAGUAGUAGGUACGAAAUGGUCUUUCCUUUCCUCUGCUCGUCCUGAGUAAGAUCUGGAAUUCCCUAAGAGCAUUAUUGAUAUUUUCCCCCCUGAGGUAAUUUGGAAAGUGAUGCAAGUUAGCUGUGCACAUACAGUCCCUUUUAAAAAGAUGGCAUCUUUUGGAGUCUCUGACAUAAUUAUUUAUGACUGAAGAAGUGUUAAUAAGAACUGAAGAGGAUUUUAGUGGAAAGAACUCAAUGAAGAGAAGGAAGAAAGGUUAUACGGGGCUUCUGUGAAGCCCAGAGCAGCUUCUGAGAAGUUGCCUGAAAGACUGGCUGGUGGGGAUCUGUAGGCCUCACUCACCCUAUUUUUCAGGCUGCCUUUAAGAUAGAAAGAUGUAAGCUGGUCACGAAAAAUAGGAAACCUCAAGCAUGUCCCUUCAGAGCAGUGCAGUGAGUUCUGCGGUGUGGUCUUUGAUCUGGAGCUGGGGAUGUCUGAUACCCAAGUGCCCAAAUACCUUCUCUUUUUAAUAGAACAUAUUUUUUCCAUCUGAUUCCCCUUCCACCUUAAUGGAAAUACGAAGUCUUUCCUGCCUGAAUAGAAAGGAUUCUAGGUAAUGGUGUAGAUAACUGCUUACAGGAAACAUGGGGGAAGCCAUUGGGUCAGAAAGAGUCAUGUUUGAUGAUCAUAAAUCAUGUCUGUCCUGAAGUCAAAGAGGAACACUGCAAAGAAAUGCAUUAUGAUUACCUUACAUAUAGGAGAGAGAAGGGGCUGGGAAUAAAAGAGGAAAGAACUGGUCUUUAUUUGACUUGAUAAGAACUCCGGAGUAUUGAAGGACAUUGAAAGUAGCCCCCAAACUGUCACAACCUUUGUGGCUAUUAGUUUAUGGGAUUUUUUUUUUUUUUUGAAUCCCUUAUUUUCUCUCUCUCUGUUCUGGUGACUUGUCUUCCUUUGAGUUUUUUUUCAAGAAUUGUUUUAUUCAGCAUUUAUUAAGCUCUCAUUGAAUGCCAGACACCGUGCAAGACCCUCGGGAUGUGGCAAUUCAUUGUGUCCAAUGGGAACAGCUUGGUACGCAGAGACUGUGUUGUGCUGUGGGGUUGGCAAGAGAGUGGGAUUAGGGGAAAGUGAAACCCUCAGUAAGGCUGCUGGGCCAUGGGCCUCUCCUCUUCCACCUCACAUGUGGAUUCCAGAAUUGCAGUCCUUGUCUCCUACCAGGGAGACCCAAGAAAAAUGCCUUCACCCUGCAGAUCCCCGAGACAAAUGAGAGAAAGUGGGAUUUGAGAUAACAAUCUACCUUUGUUAACUUUUUCCAAGCUGUGGGAGUCCUUCCCCUCUACUGGCCCCCAGAUCUUGGGGUGAUUUCUUCCUUUAAAAUUGAGGCAUGUCUUAACAUACAUAUAGUCAAGUUUACAAAUCUUAGGGGUAUAGUCAUAUCCCAUGUCACCACCUCUCAGAUCCAGACCUAGACUACUUCCAGAACCCCAGAAAGUCCCGUCAUGUUCAUGUUGUCCUUCUGAAAAAGGCAUUUAGAAAGCCAUUCAUAGCUGUAUCUUCCUUCCUCUCACUGCUCGGGGAUAAUGAAAAAAGGGGGAAAGCCCCACCAUCAACACAGAACAGGACAGUAAAGACCGUGUCCCCUUUGUCAAGUCAAUUUAUAGUCAGUCCCUGGGCCUCAGUUUCCUCGUGUAAAACAUACAUACCUGAGGCUACGUGAUUUUUAGAACCCUUUGGGCCCGAGCUUACUUUGAUUCUAAGUGAAUGAGAAAGAAUCAGAAAGCAGUGAAGUUUCUGUACCACAGCUUUUAGGCCCACAUGCCAUUGACUAAGUGGAUUUUAAAAUUAGUUGGAAAAGGUAAGUUCCUCUUUGGGUGGGUUGAGCGUGGAAGCACCACUUCUAACCUACAAAAGGGAAAAGGUAGUUUUCCUUUUAAGUUGAUGAUUUCAGGCUGAUUCUUAUAAUCCAGCCAACGCUGGUCUCCCACAUAUGCUGCCUAAACUCGCCUGUUAGUCGGAUUUUGUAAGUUGUUCAACCAGACUUUGUCAAAGUCUCUGUUGCCAAGAUUUCGUAAACUAGUUGGGUUUCAAACAUGGACCACUAGGAAGAUGUGCAUCAAAGUAGAAAAAUUUUGUUCAGAUUUGCUGUUAUUUAUUUUUUAAAUUAAAAAUGGAAAUGUAUUUUGAA